AUGCUCGUUACAACACGGGCGAUCGUCAAGAGAAGAGCGUGGACGAUCACCACUCGCUGUUUCGCCUCGGGAUCGGAGGCCAAUGAUCCUCGAACGGAGUGGGCCAAGGCCCAUGCUCCUGUCGGUCUGUUGCAGCUGCCUCGCACACGCGGGGAAAGGCUGCGACACCUGGAGAUUCUUGACCAAGUUCCGUUUGACCUAGUCAAUGCUUUCCAUGAGCGUGAGGCAGAGCGAGGGCAGCUUGUUGGUGCUGCACGAGGCCCUAUCGGCAAGAUCCUGCGGCGCCAUCGGCAGGAUACUUCCACAACUUUGAUCCGCACGAUGCUCAAGGCCUGUGUGGAGAAGCGCUGGGAUCCAAUGCUUUGGGACACCUUCGCAGAAGCUGCAAGGAACGACAUGCCUCGGAUGACUCCGAGCGACAUUGGCUUGACACUGUCUUGCUUCUCGAAGGCCGACUACCGGCGGGACCCAGCCCUGAUUCCAGAGCUGCUGAAGAGCUUGGCAGCCCUCGCCGCAAUGCCAGCUGUUCCUGUGGAACGAUCGACGCCUGGGCAUUCCUCGGAUACGCUGGCCACAGUCGCCCAGGCACGGGUUACUUCUCAUGGGCGAAGGCAUCGUCAGAGUGCAGCAGUCACCGAGGAGAAGUCCAGAAAAAGUUCUGCAAAGAAGGCCUCGUUUCCUGAAUAUGCUUUGUUAGCAGGCUUUGCUGCUGCCCAGCACUUCGACCUUGGCAAGGUAUCCGCAGACAAUUUGGCAAAGUUGUGCACAAGAGCCUUGCAAUGUUCUUCUGAUCUUUCCAGCCGGGUCUUAUGCCGAUUGGUGCAUCACAGUAGCAAUCUUGCGCAUGCUCCUGGCGGCGCAUCUGGUUCAGCAUGGAAGCUGCUGUCGGGGCUGCAAGCGGAGCUGCGCCGUCGCCUGCGAGCUCAAGAAGGAGGGGACGCUGCAAUUGCAGCUUCCGACUUGUGCCUGGUUGCGCACGCCUAUGCACAAAGCCCGCAGCAAGCGGACAAGCGUCUGUUUCAGGACAUCGAGAAGAGGCUGCUGGACGGCGUGUCCUUGAUUCAGCUUGGAGCCGGCGAGCUGAGCAACUUGGCCAAUGCUUUCUCGAAGCUGUCGGACGCGCAGAAGAGUGGGCACGUGGAGCUGUUCAACAGGCUAGGCCACCAGCUGAUCGAGUCGAAUUCAACUGGCAAGGAGGCCAUGACGCUGCGGACAGCCUGUGUUGCCUUGAAUGCUUUCUCAUCAGCAUCUGUUCGACAUGAGCCUUACUUCUUCGCUUGCCAAGAGAACUUGCCGGCCCUCUUGCACUCACCCGAAUGCGACAUGCGCCAGCUUGCCAUGAUCGCACACUCUUACGCCGAGUGCGGGUCGGCCUCAUGCAGAGCAGCCUCCUUCCUCUAG